GAUAAACUGUCAACACGAAACGAAACGAACGCUUGCAUGCGUGGACUAACUCAGUUUUUUCAGCGAGUGCGGACGUAUUCAGACAUGGCAAUGUCAAGUAUACGACCGAUCGUUAUCAGUGGACCGUCAGGAAGUGGCAAGAGUACCCUGCUUCAGAGGCUCUUCAAGGACUACCAAGGGUGCUUUGAGUUCAGUGUAUCUCAUACCACAAGGCAGCCAAGACCCGGGGAGGAGGAUGGAAAAGAUUAUUAUUUUACUGAUCGAGAAAAGUUUGAAAAAAUGAUGGCAGAAGGUGGUUUCCUUGAGCACGCACAGUUUUCUGGGAACCGAUAUGGUACAAGCAAAAUGGCAGUUGAAAAGGUCCAAAAAUCAGGGAAGAUUUGUAUCCUAGAUGUGGAGAUAAACGGCGUAAAGAACAUCAAACAGACGGACUUCAAUGCAAGAUACAUCUUUGUACAGCCACCUAGCAUAGAAGCGCUGGAGGCGAGAUUGCGGGGCAGAGGUACAGAGACUGAGGAAAGUUUGAAGAAACGAUUGGAUUCCGUACAGGAGGCCAUGGAUUAUGCCAAAGUGCCAGGGGCAUAUGACCACAUCAUCGUCAACGAUAACCUAGAUAUAGCCUACGAGAAAUUCAAAGGCAUUUUGUCAGCAGAGUACAGUAGUUUGCUGCAGAAUGGAAAGUAAAACAGAUCGGGAAAUCCAUGGAGUGAUGUGUGACCAGUACAAGAAAGGGAUGUAAUCAAUUCAGGGUGCCAGCAAUAUCUCAUUAUUAUUGUAUAUACACAGUAGAUAAUAAGACAAUACAAGGGAGAUAAUAAAAAGCAAUGCAUGAACAGUAUAAUGAAGGGAAGUAACAGCAUCAUGGCACCAGUCAUAUCUCAUUCUUAUUGUAUAUACAACAGGAAUAACUUAAACCAUGUGUGACAAAGACAUGGAAGGGAGGUAACAAUGUCUUGGCUUCAGGCAUCUCAUUCUUAUUGUAUAUACAAGGGGAAUAACUUGAGCCAUGCGUGACCGAGACAAGGAAGGGAGGUAACAACAUUAUGGCACCAGCAAUAUCAAUCUUAUUGUAUAUACAAGGGGAACAAUUUAAGCAAUGUGUGACCAGGAGCCAUGUUUACAUACAGUUUCAAGUUUGGGUUCAUACUCAAAUUGCAAAACUGCAAAUGUUUAUUUAAUUGGAACUUUCUUUCUAGUAGAGUUUUAGUGAUGAAAUUUGCUAAUUGAACAAUCAUUUACGUUUAUUCUGUAAGACAAAUGGAAUAAAGAAGAAUUUGUUAAUUACGCUAAACAAGCACAAAACCAGAAACACACUUGCUAGUUUUAUUGAAGCUAAAUCUCUACAAAGAAGAGUUCCUCUAAGCACAGAUAACUCUGAUUGAAAACAAG